UAUUUUUUGAUCGUUAAAAAAAAAGGUGGGUCUAGAACCAAAUAUGUCUGGUUCUAGAUAUGUAUGUCAGCAAAUGAAAGCUGUUAUCAGACCUCUGAGCUUCAUUUGCUACUCGAUCUAGUCCGAUUGCAGGGCAAAAAUGUGAUUUCUGUAGUCAGGAAAUUAAUUCUCAGUCACAAAGGUUUAAUCCAAUUGUCCGCGUUUUGGGUGGAUUUUUUAAUGUUCUCAUCGCCAUCGUGUGGUCAUUAUUAGUAUCACAGUCCAACUCAACUUAGACUUUUCUCUGAUUUUUAAAGUUGCGCUUAUCCGGAAGUGUUUUUAUAGAGAGCGAUACGUCCGAAGUGGAGCAGCUGUGAAUGUAUGAAAAGAAAGCCCAAAGAAGGAAAUGUAUCUCUGGCGUUGUGUGUUUGCUGUCGUUUUUGGCUUGGUAUGGUAUUUUUCAGAGUUCGGAUGCUUUUUGGUCCAAGUGGGUUGCUGUGCUCUUUGUUUGAGUUUAUUUACUCUUGGACAAUGUAACAACGUGAAAUGUGAAAGCAGCAGCCAAACGGACUGUGCACCGGAUGAUGAUGUAUCUCAGCAGGAAUUUGCGACUGGCCAUUUACUUGGCAGUGAUGAGCCAGAUACAGCAGUCCAAACUGUGGAAAAAGCAGCUCACCAUUCACAGUACCCAAAUAUCCAGAGGUCAAUUCAGCACAUGUUUAACUGUGCCUACAAUGAACUGGUCCUGCCAUGGAGCACUUCUCCAGAACUUGGAGACAGUCACCCCCUACGUGCAGCAUUGCUCACUGAAUUCAACUUUGUCAUGCAUGAGAUCAUUUGCAAGGCCAAGGACAUGGAUCUCCCACAUAUUACUCUUGGCUGCAUUCAGCUCAUUAGCCAGCACCUUCACAACACCAAGCAAACAGAUGGGUCCCCAGCCUUCAGUUCUAUUGCUAAAGAGAUUGCUGUUAUUAGGGGCUUCUGUGAGGCCCUCAUACACAACCUUUUACCAAAACACCUCUGGGAAACAAAGGUGUACUACUGUGUCUUACAAGAAAUUCUGGUAACAAAAGCAAUGGCAUUGGUGGAAAUGCUUUCUAAUCCAGACAGCUUGAACCAGCUUAUCAUUUCUCGGCUGGAACAAAUGCCUUCAAAAAACGAGAUGAAGGGAGUACAUGUUCCAGAUAAAGACAUUCCUUUUAGUGAGAACAGUGAUGUUGUUCCAGCUGAAACAGAGGAACAUCUAUCUAAAGGAAUCAAAGCUAAAAAAAAAGGCAACAAACUGAAACAAGGGUUUUCCAAGAUGUUCGAGGGAAUAAGGCAUAAGAGAUUCAAAAAAAAGAAGGUGGAGAAAGACAUAAUAGAAAUACCAAUUCGCCAUCCUGCAUCAAUAGAGUGUGAUAGUGAAAACAAUAAAGAUGACUCCAGCUUUGACUCUCAUGAUGUGGAAAGUCUUACAUGUUCGAUUCAAGAGAAGAGGAUGGAAUUUAAGCUAACCUAUGAGAUGUGGAGGGUCGGUGAAUGGUCAGUAACUGUCACAAGUGUACAAAUGGAAGAAAACGAAUUGUGUUUCAUCAUUCACUUGGAAGAAAGUGACGAUCCUGAGAACCUUCACUGGGACGUGAAAAAGAACCAGUCAAACAUAAAACAGUUUUAUGAUCAGUUCAAGGAAAUAGGAGAACUGCCUUCCUUAUUGACAAUAGUGGAGAAGCCAAAUAAUGAGUGGAAUAAAGAGGAAACAAGAGGCAUAUUGGAAAAGUCCUUACAAGAGCUAGUGAAAAAAUCUAAGCUUGGUAAAUCUGAGCUUGUGUUCAAUUUCCUUGGUCCAAUUAACUGGAUAUUACACGAAGAAGAGCAUGAAGGAGGGAUGUGGGAUCUUUUGGAGAGGAUUGCAUUCUUCCUCGCUCCUAGUAAAGAUGAUGAUGAGGUUAGUAACUUUAAAGAAGAUGAGACACAACAUGAAGACACACAUGAGCCCACACCUCAAUCUGACCUGGAUACUACUAUUUCAGUGUGUGCAGCUUCUAUAGAGGAACAAGACAAAGAAAAUGAAGAUGGGUCGUUGGAAGAAGACGGAGAACCUUCACACACACCUGAGCAAAAUUCCACCGAUGAGAGUGCAAAACAACACGCCGACAAGAUGUGUGUUGUUUCUCAUGUCUGGGAUCAACCUGAAGUGACUCCUGUUGAAAUUCAAAGUGUUGCUGUAAAUAUAGCUCAAUAUGCCAAGAUGAAUUACCCUAAAUUCAAACUUAAUGUUAAAGAACAGGCUUCAUCCCCUAGCUCAUCUGAAAGCGAUGAGGAAAGCUCAGGCCAUUGCACAAAUGAUGCUGUUUCUGGCUGCAAGUAUAAUGGAAAUAAAAGCAAGGAAAAUCUCUGUCACAGAAAAUCAAAAGAAACUGAUAAACCUAAAAGGAAGGAGAUUGUAUCUCAUCCUGAAGAAGAGACAUCGAGUCAGCCAGAAGGGGAGACAAAAAUGCCCAACGAUUCGAAAGAACCUGAGGCCAGUAAAGUUAUAUUUGAUUUGCUGAAGGAACUUUCUGGAAAUUCAUACACCAUUAAAUUCAUGAAGGCUGUUGUGACACCAUUCACACCACUGAUAAAUAAGAAAGUGAAGGCUUUUUUAAAAAAGAUAAAUCCAUCAGAAGCUCAGAUUGCCAUCUACAUCGAUGGCCUUUGUAAUAACAUAUGGCCUGAUGGGGAUGUACCACAACCUCGAAUUCAAAGCAGUGACAAGAAUGAGACCAAGCAGAAAGCACUGCAGCUCAUGACUGAAAAGUUUGCAGGCUUUGCAAUUAACAAAGCCAAUGUGGAAAGCAAUUUCAAGAUCUUUCAAAAUGAAGAAGAAAACAAGAAGCUGGUUUAUAUGUUGCUGAUUUAUCUAUUGAGAAAGUUCUUGCCUGGAGAACCUUGUUUUAAUGUGAUGUCUAAGCUAAAUGUGAAGCCUACUAUUUAAUAUAGUUUAAUAUAGUUUUAAAUAUUUAUUGGAUACCAUGUCCUAUUUUCUAGAAAUAAUUUAUGUUUUUUUAAAAUCACUUUCAAGUCAAAAAGAAAAUACCUCAUUUUAAGAACUUUGUUCUGCCCACAUUGUUUAUCUGGUAGCUCUAGGACAUGGACUCAACACUUUAUAGUUACUUGUUGAAGAUAUUUGGCAUUUAAAAUAUAUUGCACAUUGUUGACUGGUCAGCCAACUUCUGUUACCGCUUCAUCUGAGACGGGGACACAGUGCCUGGAACAUUGGGUGCAAAGCAGGAAUACACUUUUAAUAAGAUGCCAGUCCAUUUCAGGGCACCAUGCACAUACAUACUCACACAGUAAUUAACACCAGGUAGGAAUUAGAUUAGCACCUACAUGCUGAACCCAGCAAAAACAUAUCAGUGAACUGAGCUUGGAAUUGAAUUGAAGACUGUGAGGCAUCAAUGCUACCUACUGCAUACACUGUACUAUGCAAAUUGCACAUUAUGCUUAUUAUUGCUCAGAAAGAAAUGUUAUAUAUGUAAGAAUGUACAGUCAGAUAUAAAAAAUAUUUGGACAUUGAUACAGUUGACAAAGUGAAUGUAAUUUGAAUAGUUUUUCACUGUCUAUAACAUUACAUUUAUAUUUAAUGACAUUAAGGGUAUUUACAUUCAGUACAAAUUCUUGGAAAUAGUGUUAGAAUUAAGAAUUGUUUUACACUUGGUUCCCCAUUUUUAGGCGACCAACUGUAUUUUGGCAAAUUAACAUGAUCAUUAAUCAAAUUCUCAUUUUUGAAUACUUUGUUGUAAAUGCUACAUAAAUGUUAAUGGAGAGGGUGUUAGAGAAGUGAAGAAAAGAGUGCAGGCAGGGUGGAGUGGGUGGAGAAGAGUGAUAGCAGGAGCGAUUUGUGAUAGUAGGGUAUCUGCAAGAGUGAAAGGAAAAGUGUAUAGGACUGUGGUGAGACCUGCGAUGUUGUAUGGUUGAGAGACAGUGGCAUCGAGUAAAAGACAGGAGGCAGAGCUGAAGUAGUAGAGCUGAAGAUGUUGAGUUUUGAACAUCUUCAGGACAGGACAUGGACAGGACUAGAAAAGAGUUUAUUACAGCGCAUGUAGGACGUUUUGGAGACAAGGUGAUGGAGGUGAGAUUGAGAUAGUUUGGACAUGUGCAGAGGAGGGACAUGGGGUAUAUCGUUAGGAGAAUGCUGAGGAUGGAGCCACCAGGA